AAAUUUAUGCAUAGAUGCACCACAUUAUCAUAAUUUAUAUCACAUCGAUUGGUUAACAAUGAAAUUGAGUGUUUCAGCAUACAGGGCACAUGCAUCGGCACAUAAGAAAAUUCUGUCGAGCAGCUAUCAAACACAACAUUACGGAAGUACAGCUGCAUCACAAUCAGCAUCACAUACAGCCAGUGGAUUAUUCUCAAUGGAACCAAUCGAUCCACAAAAAUUGAUAUCAUCCACAACGAGUACUGGUAUAGCAACAACAUUAGCAUCAACAACUGGAGGACACGUGAAUAUUAGCCUUAAUGAUCCAAGAAGUCCCACCGAGACUGUUUUAUCAGGAGAUGUGCCGGCAUCAUCAAUGGGCACGUCGCGUGAGGAUGAAGAAGAUUCGAGUAAUCAAAAUUCAUCUGAUUGUAAAAGCCCAGGACAAAGUUUCAUUUAUCGGUCACCCUCAUGUUCAUCAACCUUUGAGCGAAAGCCAACGACAAUUAAACGUCAACGCGAACAAUAUACGGAUAUUGAUUCAUUAAAUAAAAUUAACAAUGAAAUUGAACAUAAGGACGAAGAAGAAGUGGAAGGAGAUCAUAAAAGUACGCCGAUGAAUUGGAGUAGUCUCAGAGCGGUUGGACGUUUCUACUGUCAAUUACGAAAAAUCAAGAGGCAAUGA